AGGACUCUGGCAGGGCAAUGGCGGCACUCAUGCUGCGAUUCUGCUGUGCAGGCAGGCGUUGGACUUUAUCUUGCGUGGAUGGCGCUUUUCGCCAGGGAAGAGGGCCUCUGACAGGGUCCAUGUCCAGCAGGAUAAGGGGACAGAGAUCAGUGGCACAACAUUCCUUCACCACGGCCCAGAAGCUGAAAAAAGGUGAACGUGAAUGGGCUGCUGUAGUAGGUCUGGAAAUUCAUGCUCAGAUUUCCUCCAACUCAAAACUCUUCUCUGGAUCUCAAGUUCACUUUGCAGCACCUCCGAAUUCUUUGGUAUCUUUUUUUGAUGCAUCUCUGCCUGGAACAUUGCCGGUUCUCAACAGGAGGUGCGUGGAAGCAGCAGUGAUGACAGGCCUGGCACUGAACUGCCACAUAAACAAGAAGUCCUUGUUUGACAGGAAGCACUACUUCUAUGCAGACCUCCCUGCGGGCUACCAGAUAACCCAGCAGAGGCUCCCAAUUGCCGUCAACGGCAGCCUGGCGUACGGUGUCUGCAUUCGGUCCCAGCAUAGCCAGGUGGCCAACAAGACGGUGAGGAUCAAGCAGAUCCAGCUGGAGCAGGACAGUGGCAAGAGCCUCCAUGAUGACCUUCGGGCACAGACACUCAUCGAUUUGAACAGGGCAGGAGUUGGCCUUUUGGAGGUGGUGCUGGAACCUGACAUGUCGUGUGGAGAGGAGGCAGCCAUGGCCGUCAGGGAGCUCCAGCUGAUUCUGCAAGCCCUGGGGACCAGCCAGGCCAACAUGGCAGAGGGGCAGCUGAGGGUGGAUGCCAACAUAUCUGUGCAUCACCCUGGAGAGCCGUGGGGCAUUCGAACCGAAGUAAAGAAUCUCAACAGCGCCAAGUUCCUGGCUAAAGCCAUAGACUAUGAAAUUCAAAGGCAAAUCAAUGAACUUGAGAGCGGUGGUGAAAUUCUGAAUGAAACUCGCUCAUUUGAUUACAAGCUGGGGUGCACAGUGUCCAUGCGAGACAAGGAAGGAAAGCAGGACUACAGGUUUAUGCCAGAGCCCAACCUACCUCCCCUGCUGCUCUUCGACUCAGAGUCCCUGCCAGCAGGUGCAGACCCCCAGCAAGUGAUCAACAUCGACCAGCUUCGGGAGCACCUCCCUGAGCUCCCCAGCCAGACCCGGGAGAAGCUCAUGCUGCAGUACGGGCUGCGGCCGGAGUAUAGCUUCACCCUGCUGAAUGAAGUUGGCCUACUAGAGUUCUUCCACAAUGUGAUGAAAGAUACUAAGGCAAAGCCACACACGGUGACCAACUGGGUCCUCAACAGGUUCCUGGGUUCCCUGAAGCAGCACAGCUUGGCCGUCAGCGAGAGUCCUGUCACACCUUCUGCACUGGCUGAGCUUCUGGACCUGCUGGACGGGAGGGCAAUUUCUUCCUCGGCGGCUAAACAGGUGUUCCAGUUGCUGUGGCGCAGCCCAGGAAAGACCCCGGCGCAGAUCGUCUCUGAACAGAAGCUGGAGCUUCUGCAGGACCGAGAGGCACUGGAGCAGCUGUGCAGAGCUACACUGGAGGGCCACGCACACGUGGUCAUGGACUUGAAGAAGGGAAACCCCAGAGCCAUCAACAAACUGAUUGGGCUGGUCUGCAAAGCAGCUCUCAACCGGGCAGACCCGACGCUGAUCAAGGAGAUCCUGGAGAGGCAGUUGUCAUCGUGAGGGAGGCAGGGUGGGCUGGCCACCCUCAGUCCCCACAGGGCCACCCUGCCUCAUGUCAUGGACACACUGAGCAGCAGCCUCAGCCUCUGCUUUCAUUGAUGGUGCAGUGGUUCCAUGACCCCAGCUGUCACAGCUAAGAAACAGCACCUAGUGCUCGGCCCUUCUGAACUACUGUAUCUGCAGGUGUGGUUCUAUUCUAAGAGAACCUUCCAUGCUGUUCUUCCUCCCACAAACAUCUUCAAGCAUGUCCUAAGGGCCGGGCAUUGUUUGCGAUGCUGCAGAGUCACAGUGACCCAGAGAGCAUGGAAUUUGAGUGCCUUUAUUCAGUGGAAACACGGGUUAGUGCUGAUGAAAGUGCAGUAAACGCUCUGACGACUACAAGCACAUUUGUCUCGGGGUCUGAGAGGGUGAUGGGGGCUGGGGGGGGGGGUCCCGUUUCAGCUAGCACUGGUGUCCACCACAAGUUGGGUACCCCAGAUGGCACAGGAUAAAUGCUGCUGCUGCUUUUUUAUUAUUUUAUUUUAUUUUUCCUCCUCUCCCACCUUUGGUUAUAAAAAAGACAGCAAAGUUUUCAAAUAAAUUUAAUGAAUAAAAUAUAUACUGGAAUAUCACAAAUAUCAACUUUACAUCUCAGAGACUGUGCAGUUGACCACCCGUGCUCCUCCCCACACACACAACCUCAGGCCGAAAAGACAAAAAGAAAGCCGUGACGGAGCGGAUUCGCUUUGCCUGUAAGGAGUACGCGGUUAUAACUAGGGCAUCGAGGUCUUGACCUUUAACCUGCCACCCCUGUGUUCCAAGUAGGCCUCAGCGACCCUGGCUCGUGUAGCUCCAAGACCACUUCUCCCAUCCAAGUACUAACCAAGCUCUGGACCACUUCCGCAGAUGCCAUUUUGCUGAAAGCACUGCUCAAACUGGGACGGAAGCCAGAGAACAGAGCCUUUGGGGGUAGUCCCUGAUUUUCCACUGAAUCCUCCAGCAUCUCUGAGAGCCUUCUCCACCACCAAUUCCACAACUGGGGUUCCUGGUGUGCACACAAGCACUUCCCUAAUUGCACGUAAAGAGAGACGUAUCCCUACCCUGCCAAUGCAGAAAACCAGUCUGAUGCUUUGUGGGCAAACAUGAGGAGCUAAGUUUUUGUUUUUUUCUAAUUAUCAACUUCAAACCAUAAGAGAACAUUCCCUGACCCAGGUGCCCUGCCUUCUGCUGCAAUACUGAAAACCACUGGGCCUGAAAUCAAAACCUGUUCAUUACA